CCGCCCCACCCCCGCUCCCCCCACCGCACUUCUACACUGGCUGACUGGACACUAAGAUGGCUGCCGUUGCCAUGACACCCAACCCUGUGCAGACCCUUCAGGAGGAGGCGGUGUGCGCCAUCUGCCUCGAUUACUUCACGGACCCCGUGUCCAUCGGCUGCGGGCACAACUUCUGCCGAGUGUGUGUAACCCAGUUGUGGGGCGGGGAGGAUGAGGAAGACAGAGAUGAGUUGGAUCGGGAGGAGGAGGAGGAGGUCGGAGAGGAGGAAGAAGUGGAGGCUGUCGGUGCAGGCGGAGGUUGGGACACCCCCAUGCGGGAUGAAGAUUAUGAGGGUGACAUGGAGGAGGAGGCCGAGGAGGAAGAGGAAGGAGUGUUCUGGAGUAGUGGUAUAGGCGGGUCUAACUGGGACAACAUGGACUACGUGUGGGAGGAGGAGGAGGAGGAGGAAGAAGAACUGGACUAUUACUUGGGGGAUGUGGAGGACCUGAGAGGGGAAGAUGAGGACGAGGAGGAGGAAGUGCUGGAGGAAGACGAGGAAGAAGAGCUAGACCCGAUCACCCAACUGCCGCCACCUCCAGCCCCUCGGAGGUGCUUCACUUGUCCCCAGUGUCGAAAAAGUUUUCCUCGGCGGAGCUUCCGCCCCAACCUGCAGUUGGCCAACAUGGUCCAGGUGAUUCGUCAGAUGCAUCCAACCCCUGGUCGAGGGAGUCGUGUGAAUGAACAAGGCAUCUGUCCGAGACACCAAGAAGCCCUGAAGCUGUUCUGUGAGGUUGAUGAAGAAGCCAUCUGUGUGGUGUGCCGAGAAUCCAGGAGCCACAAACAGCAUAGUGUGGUGCCAUUGGAAGAGGUAGUGCAGGAGUACAAGGCCAAGCUACAAGGGCAUGUGGAACCACUUAGGAAGCAUCUAGAGGCUGUGCAGAAGAUGAAGGCCAAGGAAGAGAGGAGGGUGACAGAGCUGAAGAGCCAGAUGAAGUCAGAGCUGGCAGCCGUGGCUUCAGAGUUUGGGCGGCUAACACGGUUUCUGGCUGAAGAGCAGGCAGGACUAGAGCGGCGCCUCCGGGAGAUGCAUGAAGCUCAGUUAGGACGUGCAGGAGCAGCAGCCAACCGACUUGAAGAGCAGGCUGCCCAGCUAAGCCGCCUGCUUGCUGAAGCCCAAGAACGGAGCCAACAGGGGGGCUUGCGGCUACUGCAAGACAUCAAGGAGACUUUCAAUAGGUGUGAAGAGAUACAGUUGCAGCCCCCAGAGAUUUGGUCCCCUGACCCAUGCCAACCCCAUAGCCACGACUUCUUGACAGACGCCAUCGUGAGGAAAAUGAGCCGGAUGUUCUGUCAGGCUGCAAGAGUGGACCUGACACUGGACCCUGACACAGCUCACCCAGCUCUGCUGCUGUCUCCUGAUCGCCGUGGAGUCCGUUUGGCAGAACGUCGGCAGGAGGUUCCUGAACAUUCCAAGCGCUUCUCAGCUGACUGCUGUGUACUAGGGGCCCAGGGCUUCCGCUCUGGCCGGCACUACUGGGAGGUAGAGGUGGGUGGGCGGCGGGGCUGGGCAGUGGGUGCUGCCCGUGAAUCAACCCAUCAUAAAGAAAAAGUGGGCUCUGGGGGGUCCUCUGUUAGCAGUGGGGAUGCCAGCUCCUCACGCCAUCAUCAUCGCCGCCGCCGGCUCCAUCUGCCUCAGCAGCUCCUGCUCCAGCGGGAAGUGUGGUGUGUGGGCACCCACGGCAAACGAUACCAGGCACAGAGCUCAACAGAGCAGACACUGCUGAGCCCAUGUGAGAAACCACGGCGCUUCGGCGUGUACCUGGACUAUGAGGCCGGGCGCCUGGGCUUCUACAACGCGGAUACCUUAGCCCAUGUGCACACCUUCUCAGCUGCCUUCCUUGGCGAGCGUGUUUUCCCUUUCUUCCGGGUACUUUCCAAGGGUACCCGCAUCAAGCUCUGCCCUUGAUCAGCCUACCACCCGCAGGGGCCCCUCUGGUCACCACUGGGGGGGCGGGUGGUGGAGGAUAGUUGCCCACUGUUAGGGAGCCACUGUUUGUUACUGAGUUGCUUACUGCUCCCUUUUGAACCCAGGCUGCUUCUCCCUCUAGGAGCCAGAAAAGCCCUCCUAGACUCCCUCCAGCUCAGUCCUUUCUCACCUAACUUUGUCUGACAGGUCUGCAUGGGUCCCUGACAAUUAACAGCUGCCUGAUAAUGACCAUCCUUCCCUGUCUGCCUAGCUCAAUCCAGCUCUUGGGUCCCACUAGGGUCCAGUAGGGGAUAUGUGGAGAUUAUAAUUUAAUUCCUCAACUUCCCUUUUCCACCCCUACUCCUCAACCAUUUCUGAGGCUGGAGGGUUUGGGCAAGACACUCCAUGUUUUUUGGUGUAAGCUUCAGCUAGGAGUUUUAGAUGUUCUCUAGGAAGUCAGGCUGGGCAAAAGGGUAGAGCUGUGUAAAAGUCUACUUUUUGGGGAAGUAGGAAUUCUGAGCUUUCCUUCCACCCCCAAUUUCUACCUCCAUAGACUGGCCGGGAAUUUAGCUUCAGUGAGAUCUGGAAUGGCCAGCAUGACAUCACAUACCAUUACCCAAUAAAUUAUUUUCUCUCUGCAUCUUAGUUUUCUUAUGUAGGAGCCCAAGUCUUCACUGCCAGGGUCUUUCAGUGUCAGUGAAGUUUCUGGCCUUUCCAUGCCUUUAGUUCCAUUUGGUAAGCCCUGUUAGGGAGCUCGGGACAGGGGUCUGGAUCCUUGGGAGACCAUUGGGUAUAAUCUAUUUUUCUAGUAACCCCUUGCCUUCUGACACUUAACAGCUUUUGUCCUCUGCUUUCAAAGCUGAGGACAACUCUUGGGGAAAGGUGGGUUGUGUUGGAAAAUAAAAAAGUGUUUUAUUUGCUGCU